GCUAAGCGAGACGGCGGCCUCGGUCUCCUGCCCUUCCUCUCGCGGCGAAACACGCGUUAUGGACGCAUAAUUUGUGCGCGGCCGCACCGCGGACACUUUUCGGAGCAGGCCUCGGGCCGCCGGGCGGCGUACGUGUGGGUGGCAUCGCCACCAAAUCCGCAUGUCAAACGAGGGAAGUAGACGAGUUUAGUGUAUUUGUUUUAUUAUUUUUCCACAUAACCCCCUCCGCUUCUUCCUCCACCUCCUCCUCCUCCCCUGGACCCCGUUUUUUUCCCCCAUUUUCUUGAGGGAAGAUGGGUUGUUUGGGCAACAGUAAGACUGAAGACCAGAGAAAUGAGGAGAAAGCACAAAGAGAAGCAAACAAAAAGAUAGAAAAGCAGCUCCAGAAAGACAAACAGAUCUACCGGGCGACGCACAGACUACUACUUUUAGGAGCGGGAGAGUCAGGAAAGAGCACCAUCGUGAAACAGAUGAGGAUACUUCAUGUCAACGGCUUCAAUGCAGAAGAGAAGAAGCAGAAAAUUCAAGACAUCAAGAAUAAUAUUAAAGAGGCAAUUGAGACCAUAGUCACAGCUAUGAGCACUCUGGCUCCCCCGGUGCAGCUGGCGUCCCCACAGAGCCGGUACCGGAUCGAAUAUGUGCUCAACCUCGUCAACCAGAAGGACUUUGAGUUUCCCUCUGAGUUUUACGACCAUGCAAAGACACUGUGGCAGGAUGAGGGGGUCAGGGCGUGCUUCGAGAGAUCCAACGAGUACCAGCUAAUCGACUGUGCACAAUACUUUCUUGACAAGAUUGAUAUUGUGAAACAGAGUGACUACACUCCAACCGAUCAGGAUUUGCUGCGUUGCAGAGUUCUGACUUCAGGCAUCUUUGAGACCAGAUUCCAAGUGGACAAAGUUAAUUUCCAUAUGUUCGAUGUUGGCGGUCAAAGAGACGAACGCAGAAAAUGGAUUCAGUGCUUUAACGAUGUAACGGCCAUCAUCUUUGUGGUGGCCAGUAGCAGUUACAAUAUGGUGAUCAGAGAGGACAAUCAGACCAACCGUUUACAGGAGGCCCUCAACCUCUUCAAGAACAUCUGGAACAACAGGUGGCUGCGGACCAUUUCUGUCAUCUUGUUCCUAAAUAAACAGGACCUGUUAGCAGAGAAGGUGUUGGCAGGCAAAUCCAAAAUCGAGGAAUACUUUCCUGAAUUUGCUCGCUACACCACACCUGACGAUGCAACACCAGAGCCUGGAGAAGAUCCACGCGUUACACGGGCAAAGUACUUCAUACGAGAUGAAUUCCUGAGGAUCAGCACAGCCAGCGGAGACGGGCGGCACUACUGCUACCCCCACUUCACCUGCGCCGUCGACACGGAAAACAUCCGCCGCGUCUUCAACGACUGUCGAGACAUCAUUCAGCGGAUGCACCUGCGACAGUACGAGCUGUUGUGAUUGGAGGAGAAUGAAUAACAAGUGUUCAAAAACACAAACUGGACUGUGAAAAACCCGGAGUCUCUGAACCCCCCUUCCACAGAUGUGUGUCAGCUCUUGCAACAGAAAGGGGGCCGAAAUGUACACACACACACACACACACACACGUAGUAAACACACCCUCAACCCAGAACUCCCCCCUGAUGCAAACGUCCUACCUGCAGUUGACUGAGGCUAGUUUGAUAAAAAAAAAAGGUUUUAGGGGUCAACACGCAAACAGACUCUGACCUCCACCUUCAGCCAUACUUUCAGCCCCACACCCCUGAACAUCUCUCUCUCACACACACACACACACACACACACACACACACUUAUUCUCCUCACCUUUCUAAAGAGGGAGAUUAGCCGGAUUGGACCGUGGGUAAAGCGGGGGGGGGGUUGAGCCGAGGUUGAGAAUGUGAGGUUUCCCCUCUCCUCGAGGUUGGAAUGAAAAGCAGAGCGAGCUGCCACUUCAGUGCAACUCUGAAAUGGAGAACUGUUUAAUUAUUGUGAAUAGAGAACGAACCGGUCCUAACGGAUCAGCUGAACACUGGGCUCUUGACUCAAACGCCAAUCCUGCCCAUCGCUUACACGCAUCCAUGAUUUCACACCGCGGACUGAGCGCAGCAGGGGUGCGUUGUGAGACAAGAACAGGACCGAGCCGAUGUGAGUGCGCCGGAUGGACUGAGACCCGUUUUGCCGCCCAACUUCAUCUUGAUGGUAGUGAAGGAAAACAUUGAGUUUAAAAGAAACCACAACAAAAAAUACUAACUUUUAUGGAGCUGAAUGGACGGAGGGCAGAAAGCAUUAUUCUACAGUACCAUAUAAGUCAAAGAGAGCUCUCAUCUUGUCAUGAUUGACCCUGUUUUUCUGUCUCCACGGCUGUUUUUGUCUGUGUAGACUUUGUGCCAUUGUGCCCUGUGCGCUCUCUUUCUUUAUCUUUACUCUGUCGUUCUCUCCUCUCUUUUUGUCCACCCCUCUUCUUCGCUGAUGAUUUUUCUCUCCAUCUGGUCAUUUCUCCUCCUCUCUCUCAUUUCCUCCCUUCACUCCGGCUCCCCCUGAUCACCACCUUCCCAUCUGCACUUCUACCUUCCUGGCAGUGCUCUUUUUUUUUUUUUUUUUUAAAGAGAAAACAAAAUAUAAUAAUCCUGUAACAUAAAAAGAAUAAGAUGACAACGACAAACGGGACACUAUAAUGUUUUUUUUUUUCUUCUUCUUCCUGUCAUUUUUAUACUUGUGUGGUCAAACAGCCUGCUGGCCCCUCCCCCCUCUCCUCUCCUCGCCACAUUCCUCCCUGCCCCUCCUGCCCCUUUGUAUGUCUGUCUUUACAUUACUGCUGAACUAUUAUUCUUGUACAGACUGUAAAAUGUAUUAUUUUGUACAACUUUAUUGAGAAAAAAAAUAGACUUUUAGAAGAUCCCUGUGCCUUGAUCACGACUGUACGUGUGUAAUGAGCUAAAGUGAGUGUCACACUGCGCUGUAAAGCUUGGCCAAUCCCCUCAGACUCCCUCCCUCCCUCCUUUCUUUAUCUCUCUCUCUCGCUCACUCUCUGUCCCCCCUCCUCCCCCACACACAUUAGGAGACGGAGGACAACCAUUUGUAGCCUUUGUAGUUUAAUUUUUGUCCCAUACCCUCCCAUUUUCUCUUUAUGAUUUAAAUGUAUAUUUUUGAAUCCAUAUACCCCAAAAAGAUAAAUAUAUGAAAUGUAUAUGGGUUUAAAAAAAAAAAAAAAGUAUUUUAUUAGAAUCAAAUGAACCGUGACAAAUUGUACACUUGAUAGUGUGCGUAUUGCUAUAACUUAAAUGCUUUCAACUGAAGUUGUGUUCAGGUUUUUCCUUUUGUUGUCUUUCAGUGACAUCGGCGAAGGACAUUCUGAAGGGUUAAAGAGGAGAUGACAGAAUCAAAUCAUUGUUGGUUUCUACACAAAUUAUAUUGUUUUGUUAAGAAAUAAUGCAAAAAAAAGCAAUCCAUUUCAUUUAAUUUUCUGAUGUACAGUAUUAGCAUCUCUCUCCUUUCAGAGCCCUAGUCCUCAUUUAAUGUGUACAACAAAUAUGGUUCUCUACUUUCUGAACAGAAGCUCUAAGAAAUAAAGGUUGUUUUUUUUGGUGCAGACAGCAA